CUCGUAUCUAAUAGGGAGGCCGCUCUCAUUUUUAUCUUUUAUGUGCUCCAAAUUGGAGUAGCCUCUUUUUCACUUUUAGUGGCAACUCCAAGGAGGGAUUUCAUUUACUUCAUUCUUGUUCAUCAUAGGCUCCUGAAAAUUCCGGAAAUUCCUUUGUGUGUUUGAUCAUCCCUUUCUUAAACGUUUCAUUGUGCAUUUCGAAAACUCAUGAGCAAAGCAAUUGUAUAGAUUCGUUUAUGGUGCCGGUGUAAUCAAGAACUUCGACUCUAUAAAGACAUCGAAUUUGCGGAGUUUAAUCGAUGGCUAGUCAACGCCGCAAUGAAAACCUUAGCGAAGCAAUGCAACGCCUUCAAAUGGGCGAUGAGAAAAUUGGACUUAGUUCUCCGAAACAUCCCAUUGUAGCGAAUUACAUACGGCAACAUAUAGGUAAUACCCCUGCACAGCAGCAACAAACUGCCGAGGAGUAUAAGUUGUAUGAACGUACGAAUAUCAUUGCUUCUUCUAAGUAUGCCACACCCCGUGCGAUUGAACAGUUGUCCGGAGAUGCAAGCACAAGCAUUGUUCCACUUUCACAACCUGCAUCCAAUGGGAAUAUUGCAGGUGUGGGUAAUAGUCCACAUUAUGCUGGUCGUAAUAUAAUGUAUGAACAAAAAUCAUCGAAGCAUUCGCCUGUUUAUGAAAAUCUAGAAUUUUGUGGCGUCGGCGCAGCUGUCUCGCCUGCUCCAUACUUUGAUUCGGCACACAAGAGAGCACAACCCCAAAGCCCUACUGCGAAUCCUUCACGCGGUCAAUAUAUGGUGAUGCAUGCCAGUACCAAUAGUGGGCGAUUUGCCCAUACACCAGUACCAGAUCAUCAUACGGACAAUUCGCCAAUUUACGAAAAUAUUAUACCACAUUCUGGACAGCGUGCACAACCGCAGGCUUCGCCUGCAACUGCUACUAUUUAUCAACACGUCGAGAUAUCACCACAAAUUGGCGUUGUUGGUAGUGGUGGUGCCAUGCCGCUAGCACCGCAUCACAUUCGUGAAAACUCGGGUCUAGAUAUGACCGCGGUGUUAGCCUCACCAAUGCAUCGACGGAGCACCUCGAAUUCCUCACUGAAAACAGCAACGUCCAAUAGCACUGCGGCCGCUACUGGGGGUGGCAGCGGUUUAUCAUCGCCAACCCAGCGUUACCGCAAUCUAUCAUUACCCAGUAGUACUAACAACGUACAAAUAUCGCCAACUAAAUCAAUGGCAUCCAGUACAGCGAGCGGUAACGAUUACAAACUAUUGCAACACACUCCAAUUAAAAAUACACAUCACUUUCCCACACAUCAUCCGAUCAUCAACGUAUCGGUAAAUCCAAACUACAUUGAGGAAAUCAACAGUUCUGAUUACGUGUGCAUGACGGCUAAUUUGCAUCGCCAGCCAGCGAGAAGCCCAACUGGAGGCGUAGCAUCACUACGUUCAAAUACUACGGCGAUUGCUUUGAGCAGCAGUGGACACCGAAAAAUGUGCAAUGAAUCGCCUAUUUAUGUAGGCAGUAGUGGUGCAAUUGAGACAGAAAAGUCUGCCUCGUUAGCUGGUGCACGUAAAAUUUCGCCUAUGAGCGAACGUAAAUUCACGCAAUCACCACUGGCUAUACCUCAGCGCCCAAUAACAUCCGGUGGUGGGGUUGCAUCGUCCAUAUCACCGACGCCCUCUCAAAAUAGUACUGGCCUCUCAAAGAAUUUACUACCGUAUAGCGUGACACCGCCCCGUCCCAUCGGUCCUACUGAAGCCCAACGUAAAAUCGAAGAACUCACUCGCCAAUUAGAGGAAGAAAUCGAACAAAGCGAAGAACAGGGAGAGUAUUUUGGAAUUUGUCAUACGUGUGGCGAUAAGGUAAAAGGUGCUGGCCAGGCAUGUCAGGCCAUGGGAAAUUUAUAUCACACAAAUUGCUUUAUUUGUUGCUCGUGUGGACGUGCAUUGCGUGGCAAGGCGUUUUAUAAUGUUCACGGUCGCGUUUAUUGCGAGGAGGAUUACAUGUAUUCGGGUUUUCAGCAAACUGCGGAAAAAUGUGCAAUUUGUGGACAUUUGAUAAUGGAGAUGAUACUUCAAGCAAUGGGCAAAUCGUAUCACCCGGGAUGUUUCCGUUGCUGCAUUUGUAAUGAAUGUUUAGACGGUGUACCUUUUACGGUGGAUGUGGAUCAUAAAAUUUACUGCGUUAAUGAUUAUCACCGUAUGUUUGCACCGAAAUGUGCUAGCUGCGGCAAAGGUAUUACACCUGUAGAAGGCACCGAUGAAACGGUUCGGGUAGUGUCAAUGGAUAAAGAUUUCCAUGUCGAUUGCUACAUUUGCGAAGAGUGCGGCAUGCAGCUUACAGAUGAACCAGACAAACGCUGCUAUCCAUUAGACGGUCGCCUAUUAUGUCGCUCUUGUCACUUACAGCGUUUGGCUAUGCAGCAGUCUUCCCCACACGUUCGACAUCAGGAGCCAGUGUGCGCCUCAUAUCAGUAUAUGGGUUAAAGCCACGGAGCAGUUGAUAAGUCCAUAUAAUUAUAAAUGUAUGCAUUCCUACUAUUGUACGCGAGGUAAAAGAUAAACAAUUUAGUUUUUAAGGGAUAAGAUGUAACGCACAAUUUAUUUUGACGAUAAAGUAAACAGCAUUUAUAGUUUCUUUUAAUGCUUAAAAAAGUCACAUACGCGGGACUCAAGUGUGACUUAAAUAGUUGCUCGAAAUAAAAAAA